AUGCCCCAUCCGCUGAGGCCCAUCACAGGGCAGUGCAAGCUCCGAUACUGGAGACGGCUCGAGCGCCGUUCAAAGCAUGUCUCGACGUUUUCCUCUCAAACUUGGCUUCCUUCUCCUCCGGCAUGGCAUUCCGCCUCUGCCGGACUGAUCACUUUACGAGGACCCUUUGCCACGCACGCCAUCGAGCUUCGAGGGAUAGGGCGGGUCGUCGACUGCUCGGCAUCUUGGAUGCUCGUAUUGGCGUCCACGAAUCAUAACAUCAAAUCCGCGAGGUCGGCAUCCCUCGGCUACCGUUGA